AUGAGGCCAUCCAUCCUGGCAUCGCUCCUGCUGACACUUUGGGGAGCGGCCUCUGCCAAGGAUUCCACGGACAGCCUCCAGUCCUUCUUGGAGCAGCUGCACAGGAGACUGUCCGACCAGCUCGAAUUGCAAAAGCAGCAGGGGGAGAGCAGGCAUGACUGGUGCCACGAGAAGCUUAAGCUCCUUGCUGAUGAGGGCAAGCAUGCCGAAGGCAUCAUCGAGGGCCUGCGCGGGACAAUUCGAAAGCUGAAGGACACCAAGGAUGACAACAUCAUGCUGGUUCAGAUCACGGAGGCUAUGUCCAGCAGCGCAAAAACAGAGAGCCAAGAGCUCGCACUGCAGUUGUCCACGAAGGCACAGCUGGCUGAAGCUCAGGAGCGUCUGAAGCUGCGAGGUGUGACGUCGUCAGCCACUCAUAGAUUCGCAGCCGCGCUGAGGCAGGCCUGCGAGGCCUCCGAGAAGCGGGCUGCGGAGCAGCAGAAGGCCUUGCAAGAGCAGAUCUCCCUGCUCCAGAGCUCGACAGAGGCCAUCUCUGCGGCGGAGGCGCUUCAUCGCAUUGACGAGUCGAAGGUGGUCGCCAGACCGGGGCAGGUGAGCCUUCUGCAGAUGGCCAGCGAAAGGGCCGAGGAGCUUCCCGACCUGCUUUCCCUCUUCAGAAGGUCUGAGCCCACCGAGGACAAGAUGGACGACCUGUCCUUGCCUUUCCAGUCCAGGUCAACAGAGGCCCAGAUGCAGGACGUUCUCCCAGCCCAGCCACAGGAGCGUCCCAGAGUGGUGGAGCUUCUGGCGAAGAUGCAUAGUGAUGAAACCUUGGAGCGGUCCAAGAAGGAGUCAUGGUGCAAUGAGGAGCGCAAACGAGAGCAAGGGAGCCUCGAGUCCGCGCGGACAUCGGCGAUGCUGUUCAGCGCCGAUGCCCGUGCACAUGAGCAUAUCAAGGCUCAGCUGCAAGACGAGCUGGCGCACAUCCAAACGACGAGCGAGGAGUGCGACAGGGCCAUGCGCACCAUCCUCCAGGAAGCGAGCAACACGUCGCAGGCGUUGGAUGCCACGCGGCAGGAUGACACAGUUGCUGCCAAGGUGCUCAGCAAAGCACUGGCCGGCCUUACGAGCCUUCGAGACCAGUGGUGGGGCCCGGGAUGUGACAGGGUGACAGACUUUGUGGAUGUCAUCGAUUCUGCUCAGCACAGGACGGUGCCUUUGCAGAGCAAGGCUUCCCCGAGAACAGCAGAGGAGGCCAUGCACAGCAGCAUAGUCAGCCAGAUCUUCGCAGCGCACGCAUGUGAAAGCAGUAGCGUGAGAUGGUGUGAGGCACGCUUGGCGCGGCAGGGCAGGCGAGCUUCAUCUCCAGAUGCCUUGUCCAGCCUCCUGGAUUUCAACAACUGGCUCUGCGGGUUGGUACUGUUCUGCGAUCAAGGUGCCUUUUCAUGGCCACUCGACGUCAACGCCAGCUCUCCAGGCAGCAACGUGAAGACGAAGUGCCCUGAGCGAAGCAGGACCAAGCUGUCGGGGGCGCCGCCCCAAACACAGUCCAAGAUCCAGCACAAGAUCCAAUCCAAGAUCCAGCCCAAGGCGCAGCCCCAGGUUCAGCCCGAGGCGCAGCGCAACCCACCAUCCAAGCCACAGCCCAAGGCGCAUCCCCAGUCGCAGCCCCAGGCACAGGUCAGGGAGCCUACCAGGCCGCAGAUGGUCUCGAGUGUCUCGAAGACCUCGGUAAAUACCUUGAAGCCCUCCAAGCCGACCAAAUCACCUUCUUUGAAGCUCGUCACGAGCGUCAUCAACUCCACACCAAAGCCGCUGCGUGGCGGACAGCGGCAAUCGCAGGACAUGCCAUCUCCCGAGGAGUUGGCAGCCGGCGGCAUUGGCUUCCUGGACUUAAUUCCACCAGGGAAGAUGGACCUACAGCCGUCGCAAGCCACACGCCGAACACAGGAUCGAGGAAACUCUUAUCAAUCUCGCGGGCCGUUUGCCAGCACACCCAAGAAGGCUGCUGCCUCUGCCCAAAGCACUGGCGAGGCCAGCAGAACGCCCCAGAGCUCACGCAGGAACUCCUCUUCGAGCCUGGAGGAAGCCGCCAGUGGCUUGCGGUCGGCAUCGCCCCGAGAGGCACUUCGUGUUAGAGCUUAUCCGCAUGAGGCAGCCUCUGAGAAGAUGCUUGGCACCGUGACAGUUUCGUCCAAUGUUUCCAUCAGCACUGAGGACACGUUGAGGAGUGAGCGCGGUUUUGGCACUGUCUCCGACUCUCCUGCGAACAGCAGUGCGAACGAGACCUUGUGCUCUCCCGCAGCUCAACAAGGCCUGCGCAGUCCAAGUUCCAGCCGCAGUCCAGCACAAAGCAAGCGGCUGCCAUCACCAACAAGGCAGCGCGAAGCUGCGAAGCUCGAGACGCCUCGCGAAGCUUCCAUGCGCCGUCGUCGUGAAGCCGCAGACCGCGAACUGCAGGCCCUGAAAGUGAAGCAGGCAGAGGUUGCGGGCGCUUCUCGAGAGAUUGGCCUUGAGCUGCGCCGAUCGCAUGCACGGUCCUUCCAGUCCCCCUUUGCCAUCGCAGAGCCGCAGGAUCCGGAUGUUGCCAGGAGCAAGUUGGCCCAGUGCUGGGUGACGAACUCCCGGCUCAAUCAGUUUGGCCACGCAACUAGCAAUCCGGUGGAUGCGGCCAUGACGUCCUUGUCUGGCGUCAAGCAGUCUUUUGAGCUCCAGGCACAGGCAUGCGAAGGCCUGCAGAAAGAGUCCGCAGACACCGCCAAAAUUGUAGCGGGACGGGCCCACGAUCUACAAGCGGCGCUGGAUGCAGAGGGGCGGAAACUGGAGCUCACCCGGGAUUUCUAUGCGAAACGGCAGCGACGAAGUGCGUCGAUGAAGGACGUCUACGACUCGCAGGUCUCCUCGACGGAGUCGUAUUUGCAAAACCUUGAUCAGUCGUGUGGCAAGAGCGCCCUGGAGCAGCAGUCGCAUGAGAUGCAGGCGGACGUGCGUGCCUUGAACGAUGCUGACAUGGUCUUUACUGGCCAACCUAUCAAGGCUGCGCAUCUCUUGCGAGGAUCUUCGAAGAGCCUCUCGCCAGUGGAAGAGGCAGCGCUUGCGAUGGGGGUGUCGAUCGACUGA